AUGACGCCUCUUCGGGAAGGUGCUUCUCCUCCCCGUGUGCAUUCCGUGGAUCUCCUAGGAGAAGGGUUAACGGAUCCCAGUGCGGGGAAGGAGCCUGUCCGCACCAUGCCGGGGUCCCUGCGCCCUCCGAUUGGGCUGGGCCUCAUCCUCCUCGCCCUCGUCCUGGUAGCGGUACAGGCACAGCCUCAGAGGUAUCAGCCCCUCUCACUUCCUGGAGAGUUAGACCCCAUGGAGCUCCCCAAUGGCCUGAUGGAUGAUUAUGGGAUCCUUCCCAAGCACCCAGGCCCUCGCGUGGUCCUCCCCUUGCUCCCCAAAGUCCAGAAGCGCAAGCGGGAUGGGCCAGAUCUGUCUGAAUAUUACUAUGAUGCUCCUCAGUGAUGGCAAGGCCUGAUAAAGUUAUUAUUCUCUCUAGACUGGUUUGGGGCUUGAGCUUCCUCACUGGGGGGUGCCGUGCACUCACGCUCACACUCGCACUCGCCGCCAAGACACAGAGUAGGCCCUACAGGAAAUGGCACUUUAAUCGUGGUUGCCAGUUUGGAACGGGCGAGAUGGGCCGAGAUACAGCUGCGACUGGGACAGGAAGGGCCUGGAGGGGACAGUUUGGCCCACUUCUCCCUGCCCGGGCCGGGGGCCCGAGCUGUCAUCCUCCUGCCAACACAAGAGGUCCCUGGCUCCCAUGCCAGCCCAGAGCCUUGGGUGCCUCGCCCUGCCGGGGGACCCUUCUCUGUGGCACGCAGGCUGCAGGUGGGCCUCGAGGGGUGGCUCACACGGCCUCCACCUGCUGCUAUUUCUUAACUGAAAAACGUCCUCAGCGGGCAAGCUCAGCGCGGCC